AUGUGCAUCGUCACCACGCUGAACCAAGGCCUGCGCAAUGGCGGCGGCAUCGGGGACGUGCUGCGCGCGCCUAGCAGCAAGGACCCGCUGUUCACGGCCCGUGUGAUAUACGACCUGCUGUUCUUCUUCGUCGUCAUCAUCAUCGUGCUGAACCUUAUCUUCGGUGUCAUCAUCGACACGUUCGCCGAUCUCAGGAGCGACAAGCAGCAGAAGGAGGAGAUUCUGAAGAACUCGUGCUUCGUCUGCGGUCUGCAGCGGAGCGACUUUGACAAUAAAUCGGUGACCUUUGAGGAGCACGUGAAGAACGAGCACAACAUGUGGCAUUACCUGUACUUUAUUGUGCUCAUCAAGGUCAAGGUGUCGACCGAGUUCACUGGCCCGGAGAGCUACGUUUACAACAUGGUUCAGGAGAAGAACCUCGACUGGUUCCCGCGCAUGCGCGCCAUGUCGCUGACCACCGGCGAGGCCGAGGGCGAGCAGAACGACCUGCGCAGCCUGCAGCACAAGCUGGACACCACCAUGGGCCUGGUGAAGACGCUGUCCGACCAGCUGGCCGAGCUGCGUGACCAGAUGAGCGAGCAGCGCAAGCAGAAGCAGCGCAUCGACUUGCUGCAACCGGGCCUGACGCCUCACCCCAACGACGCCGCCAACCACCUCUAG